AAUGUAUUGGACAUUGAAUAGAUCCUAAAAAUAACACUUUCAAAAGUGUUACGAGUUUCUGCUUCUAAUGCCUCCUUGGCGCUUAUACUUUACUUACGUUUCCAUAACUAUUGGUAGUUCUUUCGUAUUCGGAUAUCAUACAGGAGUCAUCAACGCACCAUUAUCGCUCAUCCAAAAUUUCACGCAGAAAGUUAUUGAUGAAAGACGAUACACAUGUGGCUCUUCAUGCGUGAGAGUGAUUUUGUCAAUAUGCGUAACGGGAUUCGUUAUCGGCGGGUUGUUUGGGGGCCUGUUUGGUGGAGUUUUAGCUAACAGACUUGGUCGAAGAAAAACAUUGUUUCUUCUUUCCAUUCCAACAAUUUUAGGAUCUGUACUCAUCAUGGUUUCUGUGUUCUUGAGAUCAUUCGAGGCUAUCAUAUUCGGAAGAUUUAUAGUUGGUCUUUCUGCAGGUGCUUAUACAGUUGUAACACCUACAUACCUUUCGGAGAUUGCUCCAGUAAAGUCACGUGGUGCGGCAGGGGUUAUGAAUCAGUUUGUUACGGUGCUGGCCAUUCUUUUAUCACAGGUCCUAGGUCUGUCUCAAGUAAUGGGGACGGAUAAAUUCUGGCCAUUCUUGUUGGGUCUUUGUGCUCCUGUUUGUCUUUUGCAUGUGAUACUCAUGACUUUUUGUCCUGAAAGUCCUAGCUACUUGUAUUUAGUAAAGGGAGACAAAGAUGCUGCAAAACAUGCUCUUUUGUUACUAAGAGGUAAGAACUAUGAUGUCUUUAUGGAGCUUGACUCAUUUCAACGAGACCCGGAAUAUAACACUAAACAAUACUUUGGAAUGGGUAACCUAUUUCGAGUUCAACAUCUCCGAUGGGGUUUAUUUGUUGCCCUUAUUCCACAUUUCGGGCAGCAACUCUCAGGAAUCAAUGGUGUUUUGUAUUACUCUGUUCCACUAUUCGAAAGUGUUGGUCUAACCAACAGAGACGCAAGUUUUGUCAAUCUUGGGGUUGGAGCAGUUAUUGUGUUAGGAACAAUUAUGUCAAUAUGUGUUAUUGACAGAGGAGGCAGACGAAUGCUAUUACUCGUUGGAUUUUCAGUAUGCUUAGUCAGUUUAAUUACAUUCACAACAGUUUUGUCAGUUCAGAAGUUCAGUCAUAUAUCUUGGUUAACCUACAUUUCUAUUCUUGUAUUAUACCUAUUUGUUUCAGGAUUCUCCUUUGGCCCAGGCUCUGUUCCUUGGUUCCUCGUGGCUGAACUAUUCACUCAAGAAUACAGAGAUGCUGCACAAAGUGUGGCUGUGGGUACAAAUUGGUUGUGUAAUAUUCUGGUUGGACUUCUUUUCCCUCAACUACUCGUAAGUUUCGAUAAUGUUUAAAAAAGAUGUUUAGUUAACAGCCUUUCACCUUAAAUGUUUGUCAAAUGUUAGAAAAUCAUAAACAGAACUUUUAUAUAUUAAUCUGGGAAUUAUAAAACUAUUUGCUGAAUAAAUUCAACUGAAUUUAUGAAUUAUGACUGAAAUCAGAUGUUGACAAAAAGUAUAUUAAAAGGCAUAUGCAUAUUUAUAAGCGGAAUCCUGUACGAAUCAUCCUUUAAAUACGUCAUAUGGUUUAGGAUAUAAAGUCUGCUUCCAAUCAACCUAUUACAAACAUGACAUAUAGUUCUGUCUCAACAUGGUUCAAUGUUAAUAUGGGUAUUUCCUUCACUUAAUCAUGUGGUCGAAUUGAGAGCCCAGUUUAAUAAGCUUGGUUUACCAAACAGACGUUCUCGGGCACUCCUCACCAUACAGCUUUCCAAAAACAGGAGUGUGUGAGAAUCGAUUCAACUUUAUUUUUUAUAAAUAUGUUAUGACCGUGGACCUCAGUUUGUAUAAUUUGAAGUUUCUGUACGAUAUGCAUUCAUCAGUUCUGAUCAUCCAUUUACGUUUGGUUUAAGAAAUAAGUGUAUUUAUUUAAUUAAAGGAUAUUAUUCCAGUUGCAUCCUGCCAAUUAUUCAUCUUUGUAUAGAUUUCUGGGUUCAGGUGUGAUAAUUUGUUUGUUGUGAAAUCACCCUAAUAAAUCAACGUUAUGUGAACAUGGUUAAAUUUUCAACUCAAUCUUUUCCCAUCUAUAAAUAACACAUUUUGCGCUUAUAGAUUGUUUUGCCUUUGUACCAUUUAUUUGUGUGCUCAUAAUUGUGAUUAUUCUAAUUGCUUUAUAUUUACCGGAAACAAAAGGAUUCAAUCCAGUUUAUAUUGAAUCAGUUUUCAAAGCUCAAUGUAAACAUUCAACACUUAUGCCGAUAAAACGAUUUUAAUCAUCAGUUAAAAUUAUUUAAAAUUAUACAAAUCAGUGCAGUACCAUCAUUGAAUUCGAUUUGUAAACGUCAUUUUGAAAUGUUUUAUAUUACAGUAAAAUGAUCAAUAAAAUUAUCCCGUUGAUUAAUAUUGAUUCAUAUUACACUUCUGAUCAUAAAACAAAAUAUGACUGUUUAUAGCAGAUAUAAUUAUUCGAUUGUUUUUAUCAUUUAUUCAUAUUAACUAAAUUUUUGUUUAUUAAUUUAAUAAAAUUUAAUGAUUUAGAGUAUUUUUUUUCAUUGAUUAUUAUCUAAAGUCAUGGAUACAAUAAUAAUAAAAUCAUUUAAUGAAGAAAAUUUGUUGCCAUUUCAUUAUUUCAAUUUUGUUUAAUCAAGUAAAUGGAAAUUCACUUUUAAAGCAGAUUAAAUAAAUCGAGUAUUCAUUUGAUAAUUAUGAGGUUUUUGGUAUAAUUUACUAAAAAAUAUAACCUUUUUGAUUACA